GCUUCCUCCAUUAGACCCAACUCUCAAAACUAAACCAAAUUCUCAGGGGUAAACCAAACUCCCAAAACCAAACUCUCAAAACCACUCUCAGAAGUAAACCAAACUCUCAGAACCACUCUCAGAACUACUCUCAGAAUCACUCUCAGAAGUAAACCAAACCCAUUGCAAUGUCUAUUGAAGUCCCCUACACCAAGCUCGGAAAGUCGGGGUUGAAAAUCUCCCGCAUCAUCGUCGGAUGCAUGUCCUAUGGUACCAAGUCCUGGGACGACUGGGUCAUCGAAGACGAAGAAGUCAUUUUUGGCAUCCUCAACAAGUGCUACGCCGCAGGUAUCAGGACUUUUGACACCGCAGACGUCUAUUCCAACGGCAAGUCCGAGGAACUCUUAGGAAAGUGGAUCAAGCAGUUCAACAUCCCGAGAGACCGGAUUGUCAUCUUGUCCAAGUGCUACUGCCCGGUGGAUGCCAUCACCCCAGGAUUUAACUUUAAAACCAUGGACAGCUUCCCUAAGAUGGAUUACAUCAACUCGCAAGGCCUUUCCCGCAAACAUAUCUUUGACGCCGUAGAGGCCACGGUCCAAAGAUUGGGAACCUACAUGGAUGUGUUGCAAGUGCAUCGUUUGGACCAGGACACCCCCAGCGAGGAGAUUAUGAAGGCAUUGCACGACGUUAUCGGGUUGGGGCACACCCGGUACAUUGGAGCCUCAACCAUGAAGGCUACCGAGUUUGCCGAGUUGCAAUUUGUGGCCGAGAAGAACGGCUGGACCAAGUUCAUCUCCAUGCAAAACUACUACAAUUUGCUCUACCGCGAAGAAGAAAGAGAGAUGAUUCCAUUCUGCAACCGGUCUGAGGUGGGGCUCAUUCCGUGGUCACCCAAUGCUAGAGGCAUCUUGACUCGUCCUGCGUCUGCUCAGUCCGAUAGAGCACAGUCCGAUGGUUACAUGGCUGUGUUGGGGUUGAAAAAUUUGACAGAAGCCGAUUUGGAAAUCUUGAAGCGCGUGGAAGAGGUGGCCAAGGCCAAAAAUACUUCAAUGGCCACGAUUGCCAUCGCAUGGGUAUUGUCCAAGGGUGCCUCCCCUAUCGUUGGGUUUUCGUCGGAGGCCAGAGUGGAUGAUACCCUCCAGGCAUUCGCCGUGGCACUCGAUGAUACGGAGCUUGAGUACUUGGAGGCUGCUUACGAACCAAGACGCCCGAUAUAAGAACUGUGAGUGGAUUUCUAAGCGUGGUCUUACAUGGUUUGUAACUUUUGCCGAAAAUUUGGUGGCCAUAAGUCUCUGUGGUGUGUUUUGACGUGGAUGUUUUGGAAUUAGACCCAAUAGUUCCACUAAAGAUUCAUGACGAGUUCCGCUUGAUAAACGUGCUCUGCGCCUUGAUACUGUGUAUCCGCUCUCUAUGCCUACUCUAUAUGUCUACUCUAUAUCUACUUUAUAUCUAUUCUCUAUGCCUACUCUAUGUCUACUCUAUAUCUACUCUAUGUCUACUCUAUAUCUACUCUAUAUCUAUUCUAUAUCUACUCUCUAUCUACUCUCUAU